AUGGGACCGACCCUGACCUGGAUCCUCUGCUCGGGAGUGAGUGCGCUCGCCUUGUCGUCCUUGUCUGUGGGUUCUGGCUUGACAUCAGGAUCCUUCUUCAGGAUCUUGUACCUGAGUGUGGUGAUCGAGCACCCGACCCCAUCGGUGGUGAUCUCGCAGCCAAAGAGCUGCUUCCCCUCCUUCCUGGCACCAAAGAGUCUCGGAUCCAGCUUGAAGUUGGUCUGCCAGAAGGUCUCUUGCUUUGUGGUGCCAUUGACCUUGGUCUUCAGGUCGUCCCACUUGAGUCCAGUGCCAGUCUGGUAUCCAAGGAUCUCCCACAAUGCUUUGGUGUCGAGCUUGACAUACUUGGCUCAGGCAUCGCAGCGCGGGACCAAGGUGCACUGUGCUCGAGGGACAUUGUGUCGCUUCUUCGUCUGGGCAAGCCGGUCGGUCAAUCGCUUGAUCCGUUUCAUGUUGAUGGUGAUCUGCUUGCACACCUCCUCGUGCUGGGUCUGGAGAUCUUUGAGUCUGUCAGCCCCGAUGUGGUGGAUGGGUUGACACAUCUCCUCGUUCAGUCGCCCACGCUCUCCUUUCAGAUCAUCAGUCCCCCUCACGAGCCUGGGAAUGAUCAUCUUCUGAAAGACCACCAUGAAGAGGGCCUCCUUCAGGUGGGUCAGUCGAGAGACUUCACUGGCCAGUUUCGAUACAACUCGAUACAGGUCCUGGUGGCUUUCGUACCGAAGCUCAUACAACUGGUCGGCAUGGUGGGCGAAGGAUUUCCUCAGAUCACCGAGAAGUGUCUUGGAGAGGGGAUUCUCCAUCAGCUUCAUACAAUCGUCGACGUGUGUAUGCCGUUU